AUGCAGCGGAAAACUGCUGUUUCUUUUGGAGACCACAGUCUGAUCGUCACAAGCGACGGUGUGCCGCGCAGCCCGCGGGAUGGGCGCAGCAUCUACCGACUCUCUCUCUCCUCUUGCUCCGAUGGUAAGACAGCAUCAAGCCGACUGAAUGUGGGCGCAGGCACAGUGAUCGACAAGGUUAAACACAUCAUCUACGGGUGCUGCACACGCGACCUGGUCGUACUAGGAUUCCACAUGCGCCAGUGUCAUAAAGACCAUAUUAACAAGGAGCCGUUGCAACCUGGCUCUCUGCCCUGCAAAGGUAACCUUCCUUGCCACGACUCUUAGCACACAGCGACGAAUUAAAGGUACGUCGGACUCAUUGUAACGAGGACUGCGUCCAUAUCCCGUAAAGAUAGAUUCUCCAAUGCCGACCUCAUCCACUCGCUCUUUCUCUCUUUCACACAUACACACGCUGUCAACCAGCUGGCGGUGGGAUUGGAGACGGCAACUGGAGCGGCGUAAAGGUCUCUAUCUGGGACGUGACAGGCUCCCAUGUACGGUAGUAAUUAUGGGUUCGCGCGGACUCAGCACUGACCGACAAAUGUGUGUCUCGAGCCCGUCCGGCGCAUCUGCAACGCAGGCCCUUUUUAGGGAAUUAAAUCAGAGAAACAAACAGGAAAACAGGGAGGGGCAGCAACCGCUUUCCCGACACGGCCCUCUAAUUUUUCAUCCGCGUCCACAGCCUGAGGGGUAAAUAAAAUCGUGGAGGCGUGGCUUUAACGCAUAAACUUGGAGCACAGGCAAAACCCCAGGUUUAGCGCUAGACUUUACUCAAGUCCUAAACCCCCUGCCUAAACUGCUCUUUUAAAUACAGAGGUCAGACUGAACGCAUGCUUGGACCGCGCACACACGAACAUUGGGCGGCGAAUCAUUGCAAGUGGUUGCUUGCACUUUUGAAACGGGUCACGAGUUCAACUUCGUGAUCACCAAGAUUAUCGACCGCAUCAGAAGCAAGACAAACUGAAGGUUGAUGGAGGCCUGGAUUCCGGAUGAGGACUCAGCCAAUCCAUGUAUCGACAUGGCGCCGGCACGAAGAGUCCUGCGCAGUCAUCCCCAGACUUGUACCGCCGGCCGCUGAUUGGUCAUUCCAUUCUACAGCUGUCAUUCCUUACGUCGCUACUGUCAUCUUUAACGAUAGACUCCCACAAGAGUUCGAAAGUUCAUAAUAGUAAACAACUUACUACCGUGCUCGGCUGGUCACCUUCAUACUUACAACUUAACCCUGGACCUACAGUGGGUGUGCUAACUCAAGAAAUGCUAGCCGAAAUUCUGAAAUGCGUUUUUGUUUCGAGAAGAUCACUUAAGUAGGGUUUUAAAAUUAAUCAUCAUGCUGCACAUUUCUAUAAUAAUUCAGUUACCUGAGGAUGUCGGCGUUCGAAGGAGCUCCUUUUUGGCUGCAUGCAAAAACCACACACUGUAAGAAAUGACUACAAAUAUAGCAUGAAUUUUCUCAUCGAUUUUUGAUGCCCUCAAAAAUUUAAUCACUUUAUGGAAAAUAUGCAUAAAAGUAUUCACUCUACUACCCAUUUGGUAGGAAAAUACGUCGGCUUCCAGUCUUAUAUUCGAACGAAAUGGAUAAUUUGGCUUUAGAAAAAAUUUCUGAUUUUGGUCAUGUGACCCCACCUGGAGUAAACAAACCCCAAACAGCUCUAAUAAGAGACCGGAAGUAAAGGGGGUUUUUACAGGUAGGGCCGGGGAACGCAUUUGCGACGAGGUCAAGUAAUUGUAUGCAAAAGAAAACUAUUAAGAAUGCGCGAUUGUACUUCGAGUGUUUGAGAAAUAGUUGCCCUAACCCCUUACCCUAAGCCCAAUCCCUAACUAUAACCCCUAAUUCUAAACCCUAACACCUAGCCCUAAUCCCUAACCAUUACCCUUGACCCCAACUCCAACGGUAUUGUGUCCAUCAGGUGGGGCUACCAAACCCCAUCCUACCGUUUUUAAUAUCACGAAAAGCUCGUUUAUAAAACAUCGUGGCUCUGCCUUUGCAAAUAUUGUUUGUAAAAUCCAUAAUAUGGUUCAAAUCCACUGCCAAAUUUUAUGAACCUUAUAUGAUUCGCUCUUAAUACCGUAGAGAUGUGUGCGGUUUUCCAUACGGGGAAAAUAUAGGCCUGUAGUUUGGAAAUCCUCAAUGCAAGUGUAACUGCAGGUUAGAUUCAAAAUUAUUCGAGAAUUCUAAAAGUUUCUGAAAACCGAAUUAUACCCUUCCGUCGAGUAUAAAAUUAGAAUAAGACGUAAUUUUCUACCGAACGAUUAAAGGAAUGAAUAUUUUUAUGAAUGUUUUCCGUGAAAUAUGAUCGAAUUUUCAAGGGCAUUGAAAUUCAUCGAGAAAAAAUGCAUGCUUCUCAGAUAGUAAUUUUUACAAAGUAUGGUUUUUGCAUGCAGCCGGAAAGAAGUUUCUUCGAAAGCCGACAUCCUUAGGUAACGGAAUUAGUAUAGAAUUAUGCUGAACGAUGAUUAAUUUUAAAACCCUACUUAAAUAAUCUUUUAGGGACGAAAACGUAUCUCAGAAUUUCGAUUAACAUCUCUUGAGUUAGCACACCUACUGUAAUACUAAUCCUACUCUCAACCCCAACAUUAAAUUUGGCCCCGACUCAAAACCUAACCAAACUCAGAUAAAAUUUUCCGGACCAUAGCUAGGAAUGCGGAGGGAGUAAUAACAAGUCUUCCUCGGCGAUUUAAUCAUUCUUCGAAACAGUCAGCUUCGGAAUGCCUUUAUUCUCCAUGCGGGACUCCAUACACGCAGGACAACGCUGAAUAAGAGCAAAUUUCACCGGCGCGACGGAUUAAAGAGUAUGUUUUUUGUAUAAGUAUACGCUCGUUCGUGGUCCGUGCACGAGGUGUCGCUCCGUAUGCAGCAAUUUUUUUAUUUUAAAUAACCAAUGUAAUUUAGGCUACCUGUCACGGAUUAAGCCCUAAGUAUCGGUCAGUGCCUCGGAGAUUUUGCCGCUCAGGGGUGUAAGUCAUAUUCGCUAAGAAGGAGACACGAUCACUGGAAGAAGAGCUUUAUUAGCCUGACGUUUCGGAUUCUCACUCUUUGCAAAUGCCCUCUAGUCUUCGGGGGUGGACGCGAUUAACCUGCAAUGGCAGUUUGGUGCAGCAGACCUCUAGGCGUGCUGACGGCCGUUUGGAAUAAGUUGGGAAUUUACUAAAAAAUAAGUUAUGGUCCAGUCUUUCACGCACUGUCUUUAGGCCUCCAGGUUGACUUAGUGUAGGCAGGAUGCGGUUGUGUUAGCCCAUGCGUGGAUCAGCGAAAGUAAUUAGGCGGAAACUUCCAAUGAUAUGGGCGAAUCGCAGUGAACAUUUCCGCCGACAUAGCGUGAAGAAUGUGCUGAUGGGUCGUGAGGAGGUAUUCUUCAGUGCCCACCACACCCUCCCAUGCGACAGUCAAGGUAGCAGUCUACACGUACCACACGCCUGCUGGUCCCGCAUCUUGUGUGAUUGAACUCCACCAAAAGCACGGCUCACAAAUAAGCAAGGUAUGCACACUCUUGCAUGCAAUGUUUUACCCCUGACAAGGCGCGUCAAUCAGUUAUACCCGGAUGCCUGUAGCGAGUUCGUGAGAUCGCAUACUUCUAUCGGAUCGGAUAAUCGAUAGAUCGAUCGAUUAAAUGUUAAUUGAAAUUCUGAAAUGUAUGUUCGACUCGAAAAGAUUACUUAAGUAGGGUCGUCGUACUAAUUAUGGUAAGAUGUGAUUGUGCAGUCGAACCUGAGGGACGCAACACUGUUAGGGGUUAGAAUUAGGGAUUAGGGCAAUUAUUUCCCAACCACUCAAGGUACAACUGCGCAUUCCCAAUGGCUUUUAUUUCGCAUACAAUUAUUCGGCCUCGUCGCCUGUGUGUUCCCCGCCCCCACCUGCAAAAACGCCUAUCACCACCGAUCCCAUAUUCCAGGCGGCUGGGGUGUGUUUACCUCAGGUGCGGCUACACAACCACAUCUGACCCUAAUUAUUGCGCAAAAUAGACCCCACAUAUUUCAGUCACAUCAGAAAGCCGACUUUUGAACGAGCUUCUUUCGGAUCGUCCGCAAAAAUUACACUCCGUAAAAAAUGGCCAUUUAUGUGAUAAGAAUCUUCUUAUCGAUUUUCGAUGUCCUCGUAAGUUCUAAUAUAUUUUGUGGAAAAUAUGCAGGAAAGUAUUCGUUUUUAACUCAUUUAUUAGCAAAUUACGUCCUUUUUAACCGUUAUACAUGUAGAAAAAAUAUCUUUCGACUUUAGAAAUGCUUCCAAUCAUGAUAUUUUUAAGACCAUGAAAUCACCUUUCAUAACACAUUGUAUCUCUACAUUUAGCAGUCUUGCUUGUAAAGUGUACAGUAUGGCUGAAAUCCACCGCAAACGUUUUUGAGCACCACAUAGUGUCUUUUGAUGGCCCAUAAAAUUGUAUGACUUCGCCUAAACGGAAACUAUUCAUCUUGUAGUUUUGAAGCCCUGAAUGCACUUGUGCUGGUAGGUCGAUUUCAAAGUUAUUUGAGAAAUGACAAAGUCGUUUAGAACAGAUUUAUACUCUUCCUUUAAACAUGAAAUUCAACAAAGACGUGAUUUGCUACCAAAUUAGAAAAAGAUCGAGUAUUUUUGUACAUUUUUUUCAUAAAAUAUGAUUGAGCAUAUGGGAAAAUCGAAAAUCGCUGAGAAAAAUAGCCAUACUACUUAAGCAGUGAUUUUUACAGGGUUCGAUUCUUGCAGAGGGCUGGAAAACUGCUCUUUCAAAAACCAGAAUCCUGAUACGACUGAGGUAUCUUGGGAUUCUACUGUAUGAUCAUUAAUAUUACAACACUACCUAGGUCAUCUUUUCGAAUCGAAAACACAGUUUCAGAAUAUCGGUUAACAUUUCAUUCGGUGGCACAUCUCCUGUAUUUAUUCUUUCGAAGAAAAUGUUUCCUUUUGUUUCCUUUGUUUAUUUUUAGCCGCUUUCCUGCACAUAGGCCACCAAGGAAGUUGUCGACGCAUUUGCAUUCGUCCGCAGCUUCCUCUAAGCCCGAUAACAACGCGCAUGCCUGUGGAAACAAAACAAAAAUUCGAGAGAAGAUCGCUUUUCAAGUGAGUCAUCGGCAACUUAUGUGAAAGGCUGGGUCCCGGCCACCCACCGUUCACGCCAAAUGCGCUUUUCGUCAGCCCUAGGCCUCCGUCCACCCCCUGCCCUUCAGACUGCAAAAAAAUUGCUAAUUCCUAUUCUCUCUACUUUCACAAAUAUGCAGUGUCUAAGCUAGCGACGUCAGAGUCUCGUUUAUCGGUUCUUUUUUCUGCUAAAACCGUUCGACGCAGUUUUCAGUCCGCAGAUAUUUCCACCACGCCUGCUGGUGAAUGAGCGCCUGGCGUAAAACUGCAUGCUUGCUCUAUCGUCAACUGGCUAGCAAGGCGAUCUGCGGCCGGAGAAAUGGCUAACUUGGCGAAUAUCAGAGAAAUGAAUAAAGUUUUCAGUUUAUCGCGGUCAUCAUCUCCCAAAGAAGAAGAGAGGGCGAAUUCAUUGACCAUAUCGUAUUCGAACUGACGUUUCGGAAACUUCCUCGUUUCCAUCAUCAGAGUAGCGUACUUGUUGCUCCUGCCGGUCUUGAGUUGUUCAGUCUUGCCGCUUGCCUCUUAUUAUAACCGUGCUCGAGGUACGAACUUUGACCUGCCUGUUUGCCACUGAUUGGCUUAGACCUCCCUGGGGCUGACCGCUGACAGGCCUGCGUGAACUUUAUUCCCUUUUGGAUCGGCGUAAUUGAAGUCAAAUCAACGUGCCAGUUGGCUUCUCCCACGUCAGCCGGUGGACUUAUCGGUCGUUGCUGUUCAUGUGAGCAUCAGUCGGCUUCGCGGGCGCAUCGGUGAGACAGUGUUCGGAUUUGGUCACAUGACCUCCGGCCCCCAACUCCGCUCAUUCCCCUGAGCGUUGAAUCUCGGUCCCGCGUGCUCACUUGCCCUACUGGUCCUGUCCUGUUUUCAGUGUAGACGGGAGAUACUGGAAAAGACAUAGGAGACUGAGAUGACCAUUUCUAGUUUGUCAGCAGUCGUCAGUCGAUCUUACCCAAUCCCAAGUCUUCAGGUUACUUAUUCAGGUGACCAAAUAAAUAAGUGAGGUGAGCACACUUUCAAAUGUGUCAUUGUGGGAGUCGAUCGUCACACGCCGAUUGCACCACUGUAGGCAAAGGUAAUAAAGAUGGUGAGUAUGCCACCGUACGUAUCACUUUCGAGACCGACAACCAGAUGCAGAUGCCUACCCAACGAAGGUAAGUUGCAACCAUACAAGCCUGCAUUUCAGGGGCGGAGUGUGAUUAAAUUUCAGUUUUGCCCUCCUGCCAUUCAAUCUCCGGUUUAACCACAGGAACUUUGCUAGGUAUCAUGACUAGCCGGGAUUGGACUCAAAUCAAAGCCCCAGCCUUUUUGCUUGACUGUCUUGAGCGACACAAGUUCUUGAAUCUGAUAUGUAUAUAUAUAUAUAUGCUGACUGAAGCGAAAAUGCUAGUUCCUGGACAUAACUGAAAAGGUAAGGCGAUCACAGUAACCAUGGUUUUAUUGGCCUGACGUUUCGAAAGCAGACAAACUUCCACCAUCGGAAGUGGGUUUCGUACGGCAUGUUACAGUAUUUUAGGGCUUUCCUUCGUGCUGGCGUAUCAGUAACUUCCAGCGCGCUGCAUCACAAGGUUUGACGAUUGCUGUCAUGGCGGCAUCGGUUCCUCCUCAUCCUUUGUCGGGUGUGGGGAGGAGGGCGGCGUCGGGGUGACCGCGGCCAUUGCUCUUAUUUGCAUUGUCCGUUGUCGGCCCUCCACAUAUCUCGCCUUCAUUCCCCAUUCACAUUUGUCCGUAACUGUGUGGACGGUGGUUGUCAUAUCAGUGUUGACGUCGGGCUGGGAGUUCCUGUCACUGUCGUGCGUUCUCGCCUCGCUGCCCGCUCACGCCUGCUCGUAACCGUGGCAGUCAUGCCAGUGUUGGCGUCUGGCCUGACGCCUCGCCGGUAGCCCUGCCUAUUGAACUUCACCCGUAGGGCCUGGUAGGCAGCCGGCAAAGUUACGCAGCGGUUGAUCGAGGUAGUUGUGGUGUGCCAUGCUUCGAGCGUCUCCCUGACCGUUUGAUCGCUCCCUUGGUCCAAGACUUCGGCGUCUUGGAAAGCGAAGGUAUGGCCAGAAGCUGCGCAAUGUUCCGCUACCAGCGAGGGCGGAUCCAUUCUUCGUACCGCCCUUGUGUUCUCGUCCAUGCAGGUCUGCAUUCUUUUUCCGGUCUCUCCAACGUACUUUACUUCACAGAAACUAUACGGGAUUCGGUAGACGACGUUGCCUGUUUCGCCUUGUGGCAGAGGCGUUUUUUGUCUAAUGACCAGACGUCUAAUUGUCAAUUCGGGCUUGUAGGCAAUUCCGAUAGCCAAUGGUAGCAAGAUACGAGCAACUGCCUCGGAAACGUUCGCAAUAUAGACAGCGUUCGUCAGACUUUCGGCUGAUUUGCCGUUUACUUUAUGGUUGGUCUGGAUAGCCUGCUGCGUUCUAUAAAGCUGCGGAGGUAACCAAUUAUAUGUAUAUACACGAGACUGGACUGAAAGAGUAAAUACUGUUAAUGAAGAAGGGUCGGGGGCUGUUUACGAUUGGUACUGGCGAAAAAAAACUGUUAGACACCCACAGGACUUGACUUCCUACUUAAGUAGAAGGCUUCAGAUAACUGGCGCAGAGAUAAAAAUUAGUAGUGUCUCUUUAAAUCGCCUACUGGCUACCGUCCGUGUUAGUGCCAAAUAAAGAUAAAAGAAGUGGGGAAACGACGGAAGAUGACGGUAGGAUGGUGCUGUACUGCUUUGGACUGAUUUUACCUUCACACAGCCGAUCGUAACCCUCUAGCAGGUAGGUCGAACCGGUGUUCACUAGACCCUCGCCCCUGUCCUUCUCUGUCGCUUCAGAUCCGGCAUUUAUUCAACCCGGUUCCGCCUGAAUGAACGAAGUCUCACAAAAGCAAACAUCUGCCACCCACACGGAGUUUUCUUGUUUUAGGGAUCCACCAGAUCGGCGAGUACCCACUCCUGUUUGAAUGCUAAAUGCAUUUAACAGGAGUAACCUGAGAAAGGAUCUAAUGAAGGCUCCCAGGAAUAGACAGCCUACGAAGAAUGCUUACUGGACCGGUUUAAGCAGUAGCGUUUUAUUCAAUAGCCUUCUAAACACGGGUUGUGCCGUCGGAUUACCCACCAUGGCCUUAGCUCAGAGAAUUGAGAAGCGAUAAGCGUGACUACCACGGAACCCGUAUGAUCCAUUUUGAUUUCAAGUAAAAUCGAUGUAGCCUUAUCAUAGGGAGUCACAGCACAGGUCUUUUGUUAUGGAAAACAGUACACCAGCUAAACAUGUUAGCAGUUGACUGAUUUCCAAACAGAUCGGGACACUUUUCACAUUUUAGAAACGCCUGCAUCAACCGACCAGUCACCGUCAAGGACGCAGACUGAGAGGGCUAAAGAGCUUGUACAUGUUAUAUCGAACGAAAUCCGGAUUGUUCGGACAUAUUUUAGUUUGUAUAUACACGCUCAACUGGAAGGUAUGCAUGCAAUGAGUGGUUAAUCUCAUAAAAUGCCCAUUUAAAUUCUGAAAUGCAUUUUCCAUUAGGAAGGGUUGCCUAAGUGGGGUUGUAAUAUUGGUUGUCAUAUAACAUAUUCCCGAAAUAUUUAAGUCACAUCAUGAUGCCUGCCCUUUAAUGUGCUUCUUUCCGGCGCGAGACCUCCCAAGGGUCGCCAACAUGAACAUUUCCAAAUCACAAGUCAGGAAAAACGGAUUUGUCUGGACAAGCAAGUAGCUGCCGCUGGCUGUCUCUUCAGACCUGUUAUGUCUGCCGGGGUCCACCGUCAAGGCUCUUAGCCCUCCCCCCGCAUGUGUGCACCUUUGGCCGGCCUGAGUUGUGGCCGCUUCUAGCCAAUCAGCGAAGGGGCAUCGCUAAUUAGUUUUGAGCUCUCAUGCGACUAGUUCCAAACCUCGCGGGGUCCCAGCGGCAAAUCAACAGGAGGCGUAGAUUGGCAAAAAAAUGAUAGGGGGACAAAGUGGCGGAGAUCAAAGGAGUGGACUGCUACAUCCCGUAAAAUGGCUAUUUGAGGUGGAUGGCUUUUUUCAUUGAUUCUUGAGGCCCCAAUACCUUCAUAGAAAACAUUCACAACAACAUGUUUUCUUACAUCCAUUUUGAAACAACUGAUCUUUGUCAGGUUUCAUGCUAAGAAAAGGAAUAGCUUUCGGUUCUAAUGAUGUUUUGAUUAUAUGACUUCUUAAGACCGUGAAAUAACUAUUUCAAUAACAUCGCAUCUGUUCGUUUGUUGAUUCUACCCGUGGAGUGUAUAGCAUGGAGCAUAUUUAUUCCAAGGUUAUAUGAGUCCUAAAUGGAAUCUUCUUAGUAGCACAGAGGAAUGCAAGAAUUUUCUUCAUAAAAGUAUACAGCUCGUAGUCUGAAAACUUUAAACGCGAGCGCAAGGGGAAUGCAGAUCUCACAUUAAUCGGGAGUAGAAAAACCUUUUUGUAACUCAAAGCUUACGUAUAGCCCUCGCAGAAGUUGAAGAAGACAUAAAUUUCUACAAAAUAAGUACAAAGAAGGAUAUUUUUGUGCAUGUCUUCUAUAAAUUAUACAUGAAUUUAUAGGAGAUCCGAAAAUCGAUGGAAAAGUCCGUACUAUUUAAACAGCUACUUUUUAAUAAGUAUAAUCGUUCAGGCAGUCGGGAAGGAGCCUGCACAAAAGCUGCAUCCCGGUGUGAGCGAAAUGUCUUGGGAUUAUGCUGUACGAUAAUCAGUACUACAACUCCACUUAGGCAAUCUUUGCUAAUCGAAAACCCAUUUCAGAAUUUUGGUGAACAUUUAAUGAGAUUGGCCACUUACUGUAAGCACAUUGGCAGCAAUAACUAGCGUGAGGCGUAGCCAGAAGCUUGUUCACUUAUAAUAUUAUACUGGUUUUCAGCUCAGCAUCUUUUCAGUCACCUCCUCAGCUCAAACUACUAGAGUGCAUGAGUUUCCUUAUUGAAUUUCAGUGCCCUUGUAAAUACAAAUAUAUUUUAUAGAAAACAUGCGCAAAUACAUUCUUUUCUGUACUCCUUUGGUAGUAAAUUACGUAAUAAAUCACCUGAAUGCAACCUAAAGUUGAUUUCCACUCAAAGAUGCAGAUCUUCUCUCCGCAAAAUAGAUCAGAAAUGUCUUUUCCAAUGGAAGAAGUACAUUUUCCGCAAUUUGUUAUGCUAAUCAGUAAAACGCACAACGUUCGAGAUACCUCGAACUGAUCAUCCGGAUUUCUGUCCUUCGUUGUCGACACAAAGGACACAUGCUCUUGUCGACUGAAAGGGAGGUUACAUUAAACAUUAGAUCAUUAGUAAGUAUCCUCAGGCAAGACAAUAAUUUUUUUAGGUUAAUGUCACCCGUCUGCACCGUGCGUGUUUAUUUGCUCGUAUCGUCACGUGAGAGUGGCGUUUAUCGAUCUAUCGCCGGGAGCACAGCGAAGUCUGCGGGCGGUGACACAGAAAAAUGGCCAAUCAAUAACCGACAGCUGAUGCCUACAAAAGGAGACGAAGACUGGGACAGUCAAUUCUCGCAAAUGUGUUUCCGAAGUCAGACAUAUUCAACUCAAACCAGGGGAACCGAGGUGUUGGCCAGAGUUCUACUAAAUGACUUUCCCGUCUCGCUUGAUCUUGGUGGACAGUUUAAUAAUAUGCCGGCGCCCAUACAUGAUCCACUUGGAGAGGAGGAAUUUAUUCAAGCUCAUCAAAUCCUCCAAGGACUUUGUCUUUUACAUGAGCUACUGCUCUAAAUAAUUAAUUGGUGUUUCGCCGGAAUGGGAGAAGUCUGACCUUGAUAAAAUCUGGGAGGAAAGUUAGUUUGCCGUGCGAUUCCCCCCUCCGAUGCUAGAACAGACAGUAUGGAGCCGAACAGAGCCGGUUUCCUCUUAAGCACUCUUUUUAUUAACCCGAGGAAUACGGCUUCUUUGGCAAAACGGCGCUCACUGGUCGUGUUACCGAACUCACUCGCCCAAUCAGCAGCAGCACGGCGGCCCAUACUACAGGCAGAAUGGCAUUACCGACAAAGACAAGGGAGACUGGAACGGCCAUUUCCGGCUUAUUAGUCGUCGUCAGCCAGUCGUACUCAACCACGAGGUGUGGAACACCUGGGGCUCGACUCCGCGACCUAUUGGUUAGAAGUCCAACGUCCCUAAUCACUGGGUCACGGGCUCGUUGUCCUGUUGGUUGCGAUCGGGGUCAGAUGUGGUUAUGUGGCCACACCUACGGUGAGCAAACCCCAGCAACCUUUAAUACGAGACCGGUGGUAAUAGGGGUUUUUACAGGUGGGACCGGAGAACGCAUAGGCGACGACGUCAAGUAAGUGUAUGUAAACGAAAAGCUAUUGGGAAUGCGUGGUUGUACUUUGAGUUGUUGAAUAUAGUUGCCCUAACCCAUAACCCUAACCCUAACCCUUGACUUCAACCCUUAACCACAGCUUUAAGCCCUAACCCUGAAACAUUUAGCGAGAAAGUUAGAAGGGGACGACAGGCCGAAAGUCAAGAAGGACCACCGGCCUUGCGUCGAAAAAGGUAGACACGGCAGCAAAUAAACAAGGCUGCCACCAGAACGCACAGCAACACCAAGCCCACGUAAUCACAUUAACUCAGAAUAAUUAGGUGGGUCAACAGUAUUGCGUCCAUCAGGUGCGGACACAUAACCAAAUCUCAUCGCGAUCCGGUAUAUACAACGGUAGAGGGACGCACACCGAUGGUGUUUAUCGAACCUACCCGUCCCGUUGUGCCUUAGGACUCUCUCUAGCCCAACCAGUCUCCAUUGUCUUUGUCGGUAAUGAUACACAGCUUCUUUCCCUUGUGGCAUCAGCACGAUUUUCCAAGUGCGGAUCCUGACUUAUCUUUUAGAUGAAACCAUGAAUGCAAUGCUUCUUUACUGCAUUAAUGAUUACUUCUAGAGUCUGAACUUUGUAGCCUCGCGUACAUUCCCGAUUCCAUCAUCCGUGACAUAUGACGGAUGGAUAACUGUCCGCGGCCCACUGAUUUUCUUCCGUGGCCAACGCCGACCCCAACGUAGCGCCAACCUCCUGAUGGCAGUGGUGUGUGCACAACGUACCCGACGAACAAACAUUACUCACAGCCUAUGUCCCCCCCUCUCCCUCGCCCCGUUGACCCAAUGAUCACGACACGCCGACCACGCCAUAGCACGCCUCGUCAUGCGAAUGGGAUGGGAACGAUGGGUGUUAAUAGUCCCUGAAUCACUUAUAAGCCCUGUCACUUCGCAUAAUUUAAACUUCUAUGUAACCGUUUUGGCCUGAUGAAGCGUUACCGAAAACACGUGUUUACCAAACUGACUUUUCUUUAUUUAUGCAACACGUGAGAUAUUGGCCUAGCAAGGGGACACGUCAGGUGCAUUUUUAACAAUGUUGUUGAAGUCGAUGCAUGGGUCGACGCAUGCGGCAGCACGUUGUGAUGUGACUGUUAUCGGUUUUCUUUCCACUUUCAUCACUCGGAAUUCCCAGAGGACUUUACUGCGCUUCGAGGGUGAUAGAAGUUCAGUGAUCUCCCCUAGACUGCAGGCGCUUCCGUCAUAUUUGCAUCAUUGUGCCUAGCCACUACCUAUAUUCCCCGUAAAAAUGCAAGUUCACCGUCUCUACCUUUGUUUAACUAUAUUCAGCUUUCUUUCCAGCCAGAAGGCAACUCAGGUUGACAGUAAAGUUACCUUCCGUUCUCACAGAAAAUUGUACUGGCGUAACACCCACUUGCGGGAGGGGAUGUAGGCCUGCCCUUCCGCAAGAGUAAAUAACGGGCCUCCAUAAAAAAAGAGGGGAAGGAAUGAGGCGUAUAGAGACGGCAUCAUUCGUAAUUCAGGCCAACAAGACUUUGGGGAUUAUGCAGUUGCCGGAUGACAGAGUCAGGGGUGGUCCCCAAAGUAACCUUAUUUUUACUUUCUGCGUCAUCCUCAUGAUGACAUAUUUCUAAGUAGGUGAUGAUGCUGCUGCUGCUGCUGCUGAUGAUGAUGAUGAUGAUGAUGAUGAUGAUGAUGAUGAUGACGACGAUGAUGAUGAUGAUGAUGAUGAUGAUGAUGAUGAUGAUGAUGAUGAUGAUGAUGAUGAUGAUGAUGAUGAUGGUGAUGAUGAUGAUGAUGAUGAUGAUGAUGAUGAUGAUGAUGAUGAUGAUGAUGAUGAUGAUGAUGAUGAUGAUGAUGAUGAUGAUGAUGAUGAGGAUGACGUUCUCACGCCGCUGUUUCUGAGCGCUGAAUGA